AUGGCGCAAUCUCUCGAGGCCAAAAUCGUCGUCCUCGGCGCCCAGGGCGUGGGCAAAACGAGUCUUCUAUAUCGGUACAUCAAGAACCAGUUCACACCCGCCAGCACUACGAGCACGGUCGGAGCGAGCUUCAUGACGAAGAGGGUGGUGGAUGAUGAGAGUGACACGGUUGUGCGUCUGCAGAUCUGGGAUACGGCUGGGCAGGAACGGUUUAGAUCCAUAUCAAGACUCUACUACCGCGGCGCAAACGCCUGUAUCCUCUGCUAUAGCAUCACAGACCUAGCCUCCUUCGAGGAAAUGGGCGUUUGGCUCACAGAGUUACGGCGGAAUCUCCCACCUGAUAUCAUCCUGCACGUCGUCGGCACAAAAGCAGAUCUCGUCGCGCGCGAUCCCACGAAGAGAGAAGUGCCCUUCGAACGCUGCAUCGCGUAUGUCGCUGAGAAUCUGGCGCCUGGCAUGAGCAGCACGCCGCCUGCGACGGCGACGCCUGGAGGGAUAGAGGGAGGUGGUUUUCGCCCGUUUUUCGCGCCGAGACAGGAGGUCGAUGGCGCGCGCAGUCCGAGUUCGAAGAGAAGUUCCGGGUUUUGGGGACAGGAGGUUGGGUGGGAUUGUUGUCAUGAGGUUAGUGCGGAGAGUGGGGAGGGCGUGGAGGAGGUGUUUAGGGUUAUUACGAGGAAAUUGGUCGAGCAGGAUAGGGUGCUCAGCCAGCAGCUUUUGAGUGCUGCGCAGACGCCGGGGGUUACGCCUGGGCUUGAUGGGCCUGGGGAGGGAGGGGGAGGGUAUUUCGAGGGGAUGAGACCUGGGGGCAGUUUUAGGGUCGGGAGGGAUAGGAGGAGUUGGUUUGGGGUGCCGGUGGAGAAUUAUAUUGAUGCUGGGCCGCAGAAUGGACCGCCGGAGGUUAAGCAGAGGAGGAAGUGUUGUUGA